GUAUCGGAUACAUGAGAGGCCAGGACAUUCACUUUUUUAUAUAUAACCAACCAUCUUCAAGAAAUCCCAAAAUAUACAUUCAUUCUCUACAUUCUAUCUCAUAUAUCAUGGAGAGAAAAACAUGCAUUGCCAUGGUUCCUUCCCCUGAACUGAGCCAUUUGAUCCCACUUGUUGAGUUAGCAAGGCGAUUAGUUCUGCACCAUCAUGACUUACAUGUCACAUUACUCAUUCCCACACUUGUUCCUCUCACUGCUUCCAUGAAAGCCCUCCUCAACACUCUCCCUCCCAACACAAACUUCACUGUUCUUCCCCAAGUGAAAAUUGAAGACCUUCCCCACAACAUUAACCCUGUAACAAAAUGGAAACUCAUUGUGCAGCACUCAACUCCAUUCAUCCAUGAGGCACUGACCUCACUCAUUUCCAGCACACGCCUCGUAGCUUUAGUCUACGACAUGUUCUCAUUCGAUGCGCAUCAUGUGGCUAAGAAACUCAACCUCUUGUCUUACCUUUUCUUUAUUUCAGGGGCUGUAGUGCUCUCAUUCUCACUGUCUAGUUUUCCCAAGCUUGAUGAGAGUGUGUGUGUGUCCUCUGAGUUCUUAUCAGACUCAAUUGAAACAGUGAAUGUUCCAGGUUGUGCUGUAGCUUUCCAUGUAAAAGAACUUCCAGAACCAGUUCUCUAUGGAAGAUCAAGUGAAACAUACAGAUCAGUUCUUGAUGUGUUUCACAAGAUUUCAUUGGUAGAUGGUGUCCUAGUGAAUACCUUCACAGAUCUGGAAGCAGGGGCCAUAAGGGCACUUCAAGAGAGAGAAGGUCCUUGUGUUUAUCCUGUUGGACCAAUCAUCAUGACUGAGUCAAGCAGUGAAGAGAACAAGUUAUUGUGUUUGAGAUGGUUGAACAAUCAACCACCGAGUUCUGUCCUUUAUGUCUCUUUUGGGAGUGUUGGAACUCUCUCUUAUGACCUACUCAAUGAGUUAGCUUUUGGAUUAGAAAUGAGUGGCCACAAGUUCUUAUGGGUUGUGAGAGCUCCACUAGAGUAUUUACCAUCUGGUUUUCUUGAUAGAACAAAAACACAAGGCUUAGUGGUUACAUCUUGGGCACCACAAAUUGAGAUUCUUGGUCAUGCAUCAACAGGUGGGUUCUUGAGUCAUUGUGGCUGGAGCUCCACUCUGGAGAGUGUGGUCAAUGGAGUUCCUAUGAUUGUUUGGCCUCUGUUUGCGGAGCAGAGGAUGAAUGCGAAGAUAAUCACUGAUGCGCUCAAAAUUGGAGUGAGGCCGAAGGUCGAUGGUGAAACUGGGAUGGUGAAACGAGAGGAGAUUGCAAGGGGUGUGAAGAGGAUCAUGGAAGGUGAUGAAAGCUUGGAGAUAUGCAGAAGGGUCAAAGAAUUGAGUGAUGGUGCUGCUGCUGCGCUGAGUGAACAUGGUUCAUCCAGAAAUGCAAUCUCUAGUCUAGCUCUGAAAUGGAACAACUUGUGAGUGGCGCCUAGUAAUUGAUAGCAUGUUUAGAAAUCAUUCUACAGUUGAUUCUUAAGCUGGAAUCAAUUUUGGGAGAAGCUUCUGUAAUAAUUUCUGUGUGUAAUUGAUUAUGAGAAAAAAUAAACUGAUCCAAAUCUACUAACAUAA